AUGAAUGUCCAAAUGGUAAUCACUUCUGGACAAGUGUACUCAUGGGCUGAUGACGUCGAUAAGGUGCUGAACUUUACUGAUGAAUUGCUUAAAUACGGUGGAUACGUGUUUCCGGAAGUUGCAGCAGUGGCGGAGAUUGUUUCGAAAGUUGGAGGCUUUAUUCGAUGGGUCACGGGGAACUGGAAGGAAGAAAAACCAGAUGCAAUUAAGAAGGUUAUAGCAAAAUUGGCAUUGUUGGAGAAGAAAAUUGAUGAGCUGGAAAUGAAGAUAAAGGCUGAAUUUGACGAUUUGAAAGAAUUUCUCACGGAGAUCAAUUUCCUUACGAAUAUCACUGUACCUACAUCAAGUUUGAUGAGAUUCAUGCAAGACAUUAUGAACGAUCCAUCACCGUCAGCGCUUGCAAACUUUCAGAGAGCAUACGCCGAUCGGAAACCAUUGAUGAUAACAUAUGACUUGUUGGGUUUUUUAGAACAUGAAAAAACUAACCCAUUGCGGAUGGCCAUUAGUGCGGAUCCGUUAAGAACCAUUACGACUUUCAACAGAUGGACAGAAAAUCUGACGUCGAUAUUGGGACAGUUGUUGUUCCUUGAAUCAAUGGCUAGCGGGCUUAUGAAAGACUACGAUACAUUCGAUGCCGAUCUGAUUAUUCAAAGAGCUCAAGAGCUGACAAAACAGAUUGACGAAUGGAGAGAGGUGUACAAGAAAGAUGGAGCAUACUUUGGAGGAAUGGAAAGCUACUUAAGUGGCUUCCUAACAAAUAAUUCGAAUUUCCAAAGAUGGGAAAUUGCGCAAAAGAUGAAAGAAGACUUGGAAAAAAAGUUGUUGACCAACGACGCUCUAAGUGUGUGGGUGUUCGCUGGCUCCGUGAGCAAGGGUAUGUUUGCUGCGGAUUGCUCAGACAAUGCGAAAGGACAAGUUGCCUAUGUUAUGGAUAAGAACGGGUUUGGUGCCGUUAUCUGUAGGAGUUCUCAAGCGAAUCUUGUGGAAAAGGAAAAGUUAAGGGAGUUGGAAAGGCAAAUGUUCCAGUUUUCCUGUUCCCCAUUCUUUCCACAAGUUGACUAUAAAGAAAUUCCCAAAUUGGUUCUGAGAGAUUACUUCCCAGAUGGUGGCAGUUUCUGUUUGAUUAAUUCCAAUAACGUACCAGAAAUGCGAUCAAUCAAUUGCAAGCACGAUGUUGGACCUGGAGUUUUAGGUCAAAUCACCACUGUUAAAAUUCCGUAUGUAAACCAAAGAACUUUUAGUUUGAUGGCAGUUUAUAUUUGA